AUGCCCUUCGCCGUCUGGUGCACGACAUGCAAGCCGCACGAAACAAUAAUCGGGCAGGGGGUGCGAUUCAACGCCGAGAAGAAGAAAGUGGGCAACUACUACUCGACACCUAUCUACAGUUUCCGCAUGAAACACACAGUCUGCGGGGGCUGGAUCGAGAUCCGGACAGACCCGAAGAACACGGCUUAUAUCGUUGUGGAAGGCGGGCGGAAGCGCGAUACCGGCGAGGACAAGGAGCUGCAGCCCGGGGAGAUUGCCAUCCGGCCGCACCAUGGAACAACUACAGACCCAGCGGAGAAAGACCCGUUUGCGAAAAUCGAAGGCAAGGUGGAGGAUAAGCGACGUGCGCAGACAGAGAGCAGUCGCAUUCUCGAGUUGCAGCAGCGCCAGGCGAGGGACUGGAAUGAUCCGUACGAGAAGUCGAGGCGGCUGCGACGCACUUUUCGCGCGGAGAGAAAAGGGCUGGAGAAUUCGGAGGCGAAGCGCGAGACGUUGAAGGAUAAGAUGAGCUUGGGCAUUGAUUUGGUCGACGAGACGGAAGCGGAUCGCCAACGCGCGAGCUUGGUGGAGUUUGGUGAUGACCAGUCCGUCAUUGGCAUCGGUGCGGCCCGGGCCACACGCGUGAGGCCCUUGUUCGCGCAGCGGGUUCCGAAUAGUUCUUCGACACAACAGAAUACAAAACAGAGUACUCGGCAAACUCGGUCAGCUGCUUUGGUGGCGCAGCGCAAAGAUGCCCUGCGCAAUGAGAUAACGGGGAAUACGCGUGCCGUGGUGGAUCCAUUCUUGAAUGAUGGCGCUGGUGGCGAAAGCGCAUGGCAACCGGGCAUAAAGAAAAGAAAAGUUGCAUCGCCUGCGAGAUCGAGCAAGACUGGCCUGCGCACACUUUCCAGCACCAGCCUGGAAAACAGAGUCGACGCAUAUGUUUCCCAUGGUGCGCCCAAUACACCAGCAACGCCGGCGCUGGUGAGCUAUGCUUCCGACUCGGAAUGA